AUGCCCGCCCAGCAGACGCUCUUCGGGCGUCCCAUCAACUUCCGCCUAAACACCCGAUACCAGGGAGUGUUGGCUGCGAUAGGAUUGUUCCUCCUCGUAUGCUUCCUUUUCGGCAGCCCGACCAACAUUGAUCACGUCCCUUCCGCCCAUGAAGUCGCAGAGACGAUUAAAAACCCGCAUAUACCCUCGUUGUCCAAGGUCCCGCAGGCCUACAACCCCUUCGCUCCCGCCGCACAUGCGCCCCCUGUCCAGGCCAACAGCUCCGCCGGCGAGUCCAAGUGGUACAGCGACUGGAAGUGGAUGAAUCCUUUUUCGUCGCAGAUCACCCUCGAUGAAAACCGGUCGGUGCUGCCGCCGCUGGCGAACCGGCCGGCGGUGUACACAUUCUACGAUGGAACUGUAAAGCAAGAGCCCGCGAUUCGCGAGGCGGAGGAGAAGCUGCUGCUGCAGUGGCGAAGAGCCUGGUGGGCGCAGGGCUUCAAGCCCAUCGUUCUGGGCCGGGCCGAGGCGACCAACAACCCGCUUUACAAGCAAUUGCAGCUGCUUAACUUGCACGGCACGCCUGAACUGGAUAGAUUGGAGCUUGAGAUGGCGCGCUGGCUGGCUUGGGACAACAUGGGCACUGGCAUUCUCACCAACUGGCUCACCUUCCCCAUGGCACCUUACCAGGAUCCGUUCCUCACUUUCCUUCGUCGCGGGGAAUAUCCGGCACUGACACGCUACGAGACCCUUAAAAGUGGUCUGUUCGUUGGCAGCCAGGCAGAUGUCAAUGCCGCAGUCAAGUCCGCGCUCAACAACCCUGCCCUCAAGGAGAAAACGGGCAUGAUCGACGCGAUCCCCAAGGAAGCUUUCAGGGUCGACGAGCGGGGUGAUUCCGUCGCGCUCUAUGACCGUGAGGCCAUUCAGGAAAACUACAGGGAGGUCGCGAAGAAGCUCGAGAACAAGGCUGAGGGCCUACUCGCCCUCGCCCAGCUGGUCAACUCGCACCUGCACACCGUGUGGCAAAACAACUUUGACAAAGGCAUCUCCAUCGUGAAGCCCCUGCCAACUCACAUGACCGCUCUCACCGAGGAAGCCAUCGACAUCGCGCGCAACCUCACGCAAUGUUCUGAGUCGCCGAUGCCCGCAUCCUGCCCGCCCAACCGCAGCUGCAACCCAUGCGUUGCCAGCACGCCGAUGAAGAUCAAGCUGAUGCAGAUCUACCGCAACGAAACCGGACUCUACACCAUCGGGACGGUGCCGCACCCGUACACGUUCCUAUCGCUGCACUACCAGCGCGACAACAUCGACGCGCGGUUCAUGCGGCGCGAAGUCAAAGACCGCGACCUCUGGAUCACGAGCGUGACCAAAGAGCUCCUGGGCACAGGCAAAAGCGCCCCUAGCCGUAUCAGCCAGUUCAAGUCCGCAGUGGCCUCAGAGCACGGCCAGCACAACUCGCUGUGGCUGACAGCAGAGCGCGAGACGCACAAAGACCUGAACUGGGUGUUUGGCUUCGAGCUGCCAACGCACGCGCCCUCGGACGGCAAGUCGGAAACCCCCGUGCCAGGCCCGGAGCGCCGCCCCCCGCCGCCCAAGCCCGACGGCGUCGUGCCCUCGGAGGAGGAGCUAACGCAGGAGCGCGAGCUGCUGAACAAGGCGCGUGCGGCGCUGAAGAACAAGGUCAAGGAGAUGGUGCGGAUCAAAGAGAUGGUCGAGGCGUGGAACCUGGCCGACUCGGAGGCGUGGCGGUUCUCGCGGGCGUUCUCGGCCCGCCGGAGGGUGGAGCGCCUCAAGUGGGAGGAGGAGGAGAGCAGCUAUGCCGGCGCGGAGAAGAAGAACAACAACAACAAGGGUGGCUGGGGCAGCCGGUGGUCUGAUUCGUGA